AUGCUUAGAAGAAUUCGACGACGCGUUGGCAGGCUCUUUCCUCGCCGGUGGCUUUUGGUCGUCGGCUCUCUUUUAAUAUCUGUUUUGAUACUUGAACGAGUUAAACAGAGUAAUUUUCACAUUGAGAUAUUUACGGCGAUAGUAGAUCUAAAAGAAACGGAAGCGACAGGGAAAAUUAUGCCUCAUCUUUUAGCAGCCAAAGUCGAGGCAGAGAGGGACUGGAAAGGAGCUAGUAGUGAUAGACAGCAGCUCUCAGGUCUCCAUGGCAACGAUGUUACUCGUUUGGCCGAAAAUAAUGUAAUGAACGAUGUUAUUGAUCAAGAGGAAGACUUUGCUAGUGGCAAAGGCGUCAACGUCCACAUCUGGAGAGGGUUAUGCUGUCCGAAAGUCAACAGUUUAAGACAAUACCCACUGUUUCCAUUACUACCAAAAGAGCGUUUGUCACGUGACUCUAUCAACUCCGGUCCGAUGGGGAACUGGUAUGGACAGAGAAUCAUGGGAUAUAUUCAUCCUCCAAUCACAGGAAGUUAUACAUUUUACUUCCAUGCGCAUGUUUAUGCCGAGUUCUGGCUCAGUGAGGAAAAAAACAGCACAGAGGUUGCACUAAUAGCGAAAGUUGCAAAGGAAAAUCACAAUUUCUUAGGGAAAUCUGUAGGACGAAUCUCAAGACAAAUUCACCUCAAGAAAGGCGGUAAAUAUUUCUUUGAUGUUCUUCAUGUGAUGAACGGUGGAAUGAUGCGUCGUGAUCACGUGAACCUUACGUGGAAAAUUUCGGGAAGGGAGCACUUUAGUGAAAUCCCUAAAAUGUUUCUCUCGCCACUACUAAAUGAGAAGUUUCCAUAUCCAAUCCAUGAAUUACCAAGACGAGAAAAUUAUUUACUUCGACAAGCUAACAGUAUCAUCAACACAGACGAUAACGAUGCAGAUGCUGGCGAAGAUGAUGAAGAUUACAUAGGAAUGGAAAUUCCAAGUAAAAAAACCCGACUUUCAGAAGAAUUUUCAUUGUUUUUUGGAGAUGAUUUUGACGUCCAAAAUAAAUAUGACAAGGCAAUUUUCAAACAACUUCCAGAUGUAUCCGAUGGUUUGUUGUCAGUUUUGCCGAGUUGUUCUUAUGAUCCAGCGUACACCAAGAAACGGAAGUUCAAGCAAUUUGAAGGGAUUUGGCAAACACAUUUUAGUUCUGUGUUUCCAGAUGACGGAACAAAAGAAUUCAUUUGUAUUGGAUACAAACAGAAGAAAGAUUGCCAGGGAAAUGAUGUUUUAAACCAGGAUGAAGUACUCACACUACUACAGAUGCUUACAAGGAAAAUUGACGAGAUGUACCCAGGGUAUGGUUGUGCUUUUUUCUGGUCAUCCAAACCCAUUCACUCCUAGUUUUUUCGUUAUUCAUAGACUUAAUCGUCAACACAACCGUAUAUUGUAAACAAAAUGGUCUACGAAGAGGACUAAUGCUACUUUCACACGGCACAGGAAACCGCACAUCUACCCCUCUCCUAAGCCAACAUUUUGCCCUAAGUGAGAAGUAAGUGUUAAUGUUGGCUUAAGGGAGGAGUAGGUGGGCAGUUUCCCAGAAAUGUAUAAUGAUCCGAAAAUUCGAGGUUUUAGGUGUUCAGUUCAUAAGGACCCACCUUAACCGUACGAAAAUCUAGAAGCCUAGCUGUUCAAGGUUACGAGUGAACAGAGCGAAAAUAUCGAUCGGUCCUGUGUGAACCAGCUAUCCAGUCAAAUUGUUCAGUAGCUCGCCCUGUGCUUAUAACUGGAUAGUGUAUGCUAAGAGCUAGCCUGAUCCAAGCACUCAGAUAAUGGGAACGGCGCAACAACUUUUCCUAUCGUAAACGAUCGCUCUCAUUUUUUAGACACUGAAAAUUUUUGACCUGUUAUUAAGAGUUUUUCUAUUACAAAGAAAGAAGACCGCAACCCAAGAUCAAACCCAGACCUCGAACCUGGACAUUUCGUAUCCUAAUCUCUCUCCCAUACCACUAUACUAUCACACCCACCCGCCAAAUUUCCGAAAAAUUUAAGCACAUAAACUAGCCAACUUUCUUUCUCAACUGAUACAAAAACAGGUGACCCUAGCCCAUAGCUUUGAACAUAAAUUCAACUUGGGCUUCAACGUCGUUCUUUCUAAGACUAUUUAAAAACGUAUUAUUUGCCUAAUUGUAUGAAUUUAAUCCAAGGAAUAUAUUACAUCUAUCAUGACUAAGAGCUUGGUAACCAAUGAUGGCAUCCACCAUUAAAAAUGGCAACGACCGUUUAGGAAAGGGAAAUAUGAGACGGAGCAUCUCCAAUAUUUGAACUACGCCAGAAACAGGUUAACACAGAAUCAUCUCAGUGCUUGGCCAUUGUGACUGUACUCGUUUUUAACACAUCAAAAAAUUCAGACAAUUUGCCACACUUUAUUUAAAACUUGAAUUUAAGUCAUCAACCUUCGUUUUCAGAAACUACGCCUUAAAAAGCAUCGUCAACAUCGAAAAGAACCAUGAUAUCAUCCGAGGAAACCGAUAUCUUCUGGAGCUUGUGUUUCAAGAUCAUACUAAGAACAAGGCUAACGUGCGGAUGGCAGAUUUCGUGUACAAAUUCCACAAUAGCUCAAACCUCUGUAGGCCAAACAGGAUCACGUGGCAAAGAAAGGUGACAGUGAAUGUCAUUUUAACCGUGAAGAACCAAGGUAGUUGGGCGCAACACUUUAUCAAUGAAAUAUCCUGGAUCUGCCGUGAGACAGGUGAUGAUCAAGUGAACAUUAUCGUCGUCGACUACGGCAGUCCGGACGUGGAUAUUGAAAAGGCUUUGAAAAGGUAUGUGAAGAUAGCCUAAUUGGUGAAUCACAGUCAAACCUAACCUCUUAUUUAUAACGAAUUCUUAGGACUUCGCAAGGAAAGGAUGCUUCUAGAGUAAAGAGUACAACAGGGACUCCUCAACAAUGGCAUUAAGCGGUAAAGAGUCAAACAAAUUGAGAUCUCGUAUUUUAAAAUUGCCCCUUUUUUGCCCCAGUAAAAGAGGCAAAAUGUGUUGCAAUGUUGGACAGAAGUUCUUGAAACGAAACGCCAUGAAUUAUGUGCCUUGCAAUUAAAGUUUGGAAAAGGGAUUUGAUCCUAUCAAAAAUGUUACUGCCCCCCUUCCAUCCCAGCCCAAUACAAUGUUGACACUCUGAAGAAUUUGGGCUACGCGAUAUCAACACUGUAGGUGGAGGGAGGGGGGUAGCCUAGGACUAGGCUCCGUUUUGGGGAAAAAGGGCGAAUAACGCAGUGACGGCGCAAAAAAAGAGGCGAACAGAGCGGGGAAUUGCUCUUCGAUUUUUGGCACCCAGUUUAUAUUCGCCUUUUCCCCUCAAAGGGGCCUGGUCUCAGGAUAACGGGGUGGGAGGAGAGGAUGAGUGAAGGGUUCCAAUUGCAAGAUUGCUGUCUAAAAUUGUGGUCCUUUGCGUCGUUUAUCCCCUUCCUCCUACCCCACUCCUUGUGUGUGUUUUAAAAGUUCGGCGAACGACUCUCAGGUUUUUUAUGAGAAGGUUAUGAAAAUUAACAAAAUGAUCUUCAAAGGGAAAAUUGAAAAAAAAAAACAUUCGCAGGUACCAUUUUGGUACAAUUGGAAUAAUGGAAUGAUAACAAAGACACAAGUUAACAGCAGUCUUAGUUUGGCUACAGAGACCUUCAGUUCAGACGUCUGAAAAGUUAACCACUUUACCCUCACAAUCAUCCCACAUAUAGUUCCGUUCUGACAGGCCUUAAUCAGUCAAAUAAUACCUUCCUUAAUAUGUCAUAAUUAACCGAGAAUUUAAGCUCAUCUUUGUUGUCUUACCUUUUCAUAGAAGUUUUCUGGGCAGCUACAGAGUUUUGAAGCGAUCCGGAGCAUUUCAUAAGACCGAAGCAAUCCAGUCAGCAGUCAACACCAUCAGCGAUCCACACAGCAUUGUUCUUUUGUAUGACCUUCAUCUUGUCACACCUAAAAAUAUGUUUAGCGCUGUAAGAAAGGUAAUCAAAUUAACGGUUAUCAUUUUAACUUGAAAAGGGAAACUUAAAAGAGAACUUUAAAAGGGUCGAACUCAGUACCAAAAGAUAAUUGGCUUGGUGAUUUGCUUACGCCGAGCAUAUUCGAUCAUUAUACGUUUCUGGGAAACUGCCCACCUACCCCUCCCCUAAGUCAACAUUAACACUUUCUUCUUACUUAAGGCAAAAUGUUGGCUUAGGGGAGGGGUAGGUGGGCAGUUUCCCAGAAACGUUCAAUGAUCCGCAUAUUUAAUCCAGCGGCUUUCACUCCUGAUAGUCGCCAAAAGAAACACAAAAUAUUCAACUUUCUUUUUGCAAAAUCCAAAAAAACAUACUGAGUACGAUACAAAAAGUUCUGCUGAGAUAUUUCAUUUGAAUAGUAACACCAUAGGAAUUCUUUCACAGAUUUAAAAGUUAUGUAGAUAAAUAAUCUUGCCAUAACUUGGUGUAGAAGGUGAUAAGGUUAACAAGGAAGAAUACCAGCCAACUAGAGGCAAUUUAACUUUAGUUAUUACAAGCAUGAGGAGCUGCCGCUAUGUCAGGGUUGCCAGGAAUAACUUCGGCUUGUGGCCAGGGUGGGAUUUAAACCCGGUCGGAGCGAUCACGCCCUAAACCACUCAGCCAUACUGCCUUCUUUAUAAAUCGCUUAUCCAUGGCUUAGGCCAUAAAUAAAUGUCCUCUAAGAUCAAAAGUUUUGAGCCCGAGGGACAAUAUCCCCUAUUGAUGGCCUACUCGGGGAGUCUACGCUCAAAGGAGAUAUUUUUUUUAGGCUUCGGUUAUUUAUUAAAAGGGUAGGAAAUUCACGAGUUGAAGGAUAUGAAAGGGUAGGGAAAAUUGUUAUUUAGGUAUUUAAAAACGCCUUUAACUAAAAUAUUUCAAACCGACUUAUGGUUGUACCUACCCACCCCGGAGUUUCUAGCAGGCUUUUAAGAAAUCAAACUUCUAUGGAUUCAUCACUGGUAUGAAAAUAAUGCCCACGUUAUGAUCUAUGGUUUUUAAUAAGACAUAAAAACUCAACAUGACAACCUAAAUACUUUCAUUUUUCUCAACAAGUAACUGGCAUUUAAAAUGUACCUUUUUUGAAAAGAUGCACUAAAAAGAUUAAAAAUAAAAAAAAAAUCAGUUAAAGUACUUUCCCAUAGAGGCACAAAACAACUAAAUCGUAUGAUAUUAUGAUUGAUAUACUUUCAUUUGCACAUGCUCAGCACACGGUGGAAGGAAGAAUGACGUUUACGCCAGUUUUGUUCAGAUUAACCUUCUGUGGUAGGCCGCUGACCAGUUCUACACAGCCCAAGGGAUUCUGGGAAACGUUCGGCUUUGGAAUAAUUAGUAAGUCAUUUGCCACUUUAGAAACGAGAGGGGAACUGGAGCCGAAAUACCUCUCGCAAUUGUUUCUGGGACAGUUACUGUGGACUCGCUGGUCAGCUAUUGGCCAAUUUUAUUCCCUGUACCCAGUAACAGUCCGACGAACACCUUAACAGACAGAACACGGAUAUACAGUUUACCUUACCCUGGGUACUGGAGGUUUUUUCUCGCGUGCGACGGGGAGUUUCGUUUCGUCGGCCGCAGGCACGUGUUCGGCCGAAGGCCGAAGACACGAGCUACGAAGCGCGGGUCACUUUUUAAGACUUGACCGAAAUCGGAAACUGCGCAUGAAAAGCCUCUGGCACCCAGGGUAAGUUUACCUAGGAGAUCGAGUAAAAUGGUAAAAUACUUUUUCUAGACUGCUUGGUCACUUGCGACAACAACAAACUACGAACGACACAUAACGACAGAUUACUAGACCAGUCAUUGUACAACCGACCUCUCACAAGGCUUCAACUAUACGGGCUUUGACGAGAAGAGCGACACUAGUUUGCGACUCGUCCGACAGCCUACAAGACGAGACUGACUACCUAAACAUCGUUUUUAGUAAAAGCAACUACAGCGCGGACUUUGUCAGACGAAACACUCACAGUGACGCUUAUUCCAACGCUCAGACCAACGUCAACUCUGGCCAUGUUACGACAGCGACUAUACCGUACAUAAGAGGCACCUCUGAAUCUAUCUCAUGUAUUUUACAACCUUACAAUAUGCGUGUUGCACACAAACCGAUAACCACUUUACGACGACUGCUUGCUAAUGUCAAGGACAAAGACAAACCGGAGGACAGACAGGGAGCAGUUUACGAGAUCAAAUGUUGCGACUGCCAGGCCACUUACAUUGGUGAAGGCGGCAGAAACCUUAGCACGCGACUGACCUAACACAAACGAGCAACAAGAAAAGGUGACGUCAACAAUCCAGUGACAAUCACAUUGCUGAACGCCAUUUACAGACGAAACAUCAAAUCGACUGGGAUUCUGUGACAUGUACUACGUAUUCUACAGACUACUAUCAACGACUCACUUUAGACAGCUGAUUUACUAACUUAGAACAAACGCUACUAAAUCGUAGUCAAUAGUUACCGGCACCGUGCAAACGACUUAUUGACAAACUCAAGCAAAACUAACUAAGAGAGAACGACAGGACAACCAACAAUUUCACUAACAAUAAACGACGGUUUAACUGUGACAAUAGAUGGAUCGAAACGUACCAACGACAUUACGAGAAGGUGACUACCGCACAGGUUGUCGAAGCGUCAGUCACUUUCAACAAUAACUGACAGUCCUAUUAGGACUACGUUCACCCGGACGAUCAUACUCAACCAACUAGUCUCAGAAGUAUUUGCAAAAAUUCGUUUGACCUACAACCUUGGACAGAAUAAAAUGGAACAGCAAACCCCCAUCCUCCCCUCCCCCAAACCAAGGAUGAACCCGCGCCAAAGCCAAAACGCGCCAAUUUUCCAUCCUUGAUUUAAGGGGAGUGGGGGAGGGGGUAUAAAUUUUGCCUUUUUAAUACCCAAAACUAUAAGAACCUGUUUAGCCAAGCAAGAUCAAUUACUAGUAGGUUCUUAAAUAGGGGUUAGAGUUGGGUUGUGAUAAACAUUUUAACGAAGGAGCCGUUUGACUCUGAGAUUGCAAGACUGUACCAAACUGUAAUUUAGAAAUAACAGUAUUGCUGUAAUUCCCACAACGAAAGCAGGUUUAUAUAAAGUACAGACUGUAAUUGUCUUGCAUAUAGGGGGUUGGGAAUGUACAGUUGUGAAUAAAUACUGUCUAUUUAAAAAUAUGGUCCAAAUUCACGUUUCGUUAUUUUUCUGGUAGUCAAUGUCCUCCUAUAUCUCCUCCAUAGAACUAAGCGAACAAAGAAAUAAGCCCGUACGUUAAGUGGUCGCUUAAAAGAGGUAAAAACAGUGGAAAAUUAUUAAACCGUGAAACGUUAAACCCAAAAACGUGGUAGCAGUCGCUUACAGAAGGUGGUGGCUUACGAGAGGUUCCAACCGCAAGACUUUUACUGGAAAAAGUUUGGUGUUUUGGAUGGGUGGUCGCUUACGGGAGGUGAUCGCACAGGAUAGACUACAAGUAGUCCCCCAUUUUUCCUCAGGGAUAGAAGAGCGAGCGAAACGCGAGCGCGCGUGAAAAUCACCCCACGCGAGAAAAGGCACACUCUCUCCCCGCCGCGUGUCGCCUUUUCUCGCGUGGGGUGAUUUUCACGCCCGCUCGCGUUUCGCUCGCUCUACUAUCCCUGAGGAAAAAUGGGAGACUACUCGUAGACUACGCACAGGAAGACUCGACUGUAAUUGUUUCUUUACUUACUUGCAGGUAUCUUUAAAUCGGACUGGGACAGAUUUGGAGGAAUGAAUGUCCAGGCCUUUCAGCACAAGUGGGGAGGGGAAGACUGGGAAAUGAUUGACAGAGUGUUAGCUGCGGGCUUGGAAGUUGAGAGACUGCGCAUGCCCGGAUUUUAUCACUUCUACCACUCCAAACAGGGAAUGUGGGACAACUGA